UCUGAUUCUAGUGAUUCUAUCUAAGAUUCGCAAGAACACAAUGACAGUUAAAAAAAAAACUUAGGGAUAACUGGAUAAGUUGCAGAACAGUAGUUUGGAAUUUGGGUUAACAGUAAGUACCCACUUGCGAGAGAUUGUUGCGCAUGUAUAAAUAUUGGGUCAGCGAUUACUGUACUGCUGAUACCCACUUUGAGAGUCUUUGCUCUUGUUCUGUCUCACGCCAAAGUUGAACAAAACAAUGCCAGAUAGCCAAGAAGCCAUCCCUUCCAAAAAUGAGACUGUCAUGGACCCAACAUUAUUGGUUAAACUUGGCCGCUGGCAAUGGUGGUUUUUGGUGGCCAUCAAUAUAUUCUUCCUCCUUGUUGGGCAGGCUGCUGCUGUGUUACUCGGAAGGUUUUAUUAUGACCAGGGUGGUAACAGUAAGUGGAUGGCUACUUUUGUGCAAACUGCUGCUUUUCCGGUCCUUGUUAUCCCACUUUAUUUUCUUCCUUCUCAGAAAGACGAUCAAUCAACUUCUUCAACUUCACCUUCCCUUCUAGUUAUUGCCUUGAUUUACGUCUUUCUUGGACUGGUCAUUGCUGGUGACAACUGGUUGUAUUCAACUGGACUCUUGUACCUAUCUGCCUCUACUUACUCCAUCAUAUCUUCAACUCAAUUAGCUUCCAAUGCAAUCUUCUCUUACUUCAUUAAUUCUCAGAAGUUCAGUGCAUUGAUUUUCAAUUCAGUGGUCAUCUUGUCAUUGUCUGUGGCUCUUAUUGGUGUGAAUGAUGACUCUGAUGGACCUGCAGGGGUAUCAACACAGAAACGUAUCAUUGGCUUUAUCUGUACCCUUGCUGCUUCUGCAGUUUACUCCCUUCUACUUUCCCUCAUGCAGCUUACUUUCCAGAAGGUUCUAAAAAAGGAAACUUUCUCUGUGGUUUUGCAAAUGCAAAUUUUUACAGCACUUGUUGCGAGUUGUGCUUCACUUGUGGGUCUUUUUGCAAGUGGGGAAUGGAAGACUAUACAUGGUGAGAUGGAUAGUUUUGGUAAGGGAAGGGUUUCAUAUGUGAUGACUUUGGUGUGGACAGCUGUUGCCUGGCAAGUUUGUUCCGUUGGUGUGGUGGGUUUAAUUUUCGUGGUAUCUUCUCUUUUCUCAAACGUAAUUAGUACUCUUUCUUUGGCUGUAACUCCUAUAGCUGCGGUGAUAGCUUUCCAUGACAAGAUGAAUGGUGUUAAGAUAAUUGCUAUGCUAAUGGCAAUCUGGGGUUCUGCUUCUUAUAUUUAUCAAAACUACCUCGAUGAUGCUAAGGCAAGAAGAGCAGUGGAUGAUGUUAGUGAAUUGCACAAUGCGUGAGUAUCAGUGAUAGGAAUAUACAAAUUUCUUGUGUCCCUAGGAUUAUUUACAGAUGCUGUACUUGCCUUUAUUUGAUACCAUUUUUUUACAUUUUAGCAUACUGUUUGUACUGACAUUGGUUAAAGGAGUAUAUUAAUGUCAUUGAAUUACUAAU